AUGAAGGUGCUAUUAGUGUUUCUAUUUGCGUCUGUGUACGCAAAACAUGAAUUGUAUGAAGGGUGGAAAUCAUUCUAUGUCAAACCCUCCACUGAUGUCCAGCUAAAAUCGCUAAGAAACCUGAAUCCAGAACUGGACCUAGAUUUCAUUUCCUAUCCGACUGUAGAUAGGGAGGGGGUGGUGGUAGUAAAACCACCAUUCCAAGAUGACUUCCUCAAGUUCAUGGCUGAGGAGAAUAUCGAAUACUGGGUUCAUGCUGAAGACGUGAAAGCUCAACUUGAUCAGGACGAUCAACUGAUUGAAGCUCAAAGGAAAGCAACGCGUUUCAGUCGCAGCGAAAGGGUUACCUACGAAAACUAUCAACCAUUAGAAGUUAUCUACGAAUAUAUGGACACAGUGGCAAGGAAAUAUAGUCAAACUGUUACUUUAGUGACGCCAGCGAAUUCUUUCGAAGGCCGCCCCAUCAAGUACUUGAAGAUUUCCAAGGACAAUUUUAAAAGUGGCAAACCUGUGAUCUUUCUUGAUGCUGGCCUCCAUGCUAGAGAGUGGAUAACUAUACCGACAGUGACGUACGCCAUUCACAAACUAGUUGAAAAUGUAACUGAGCCUGAUCUUCUGGAUAAGUUUGACUGGAUACUGUUCCCAGUUGUUAACCCUGAUGGUUAUAAAUACUCAUAUGAUGUUGCACGUCUAUGGCGUAAAACUCGAUCUACAGACCAGCAUUCAUUGAGCGCAAUGUGCCCCGGUGUCGAUGGAAACAGGAACUAUGACUUCUUCUGGAACACUGUAGGCACAAGCAGCAACCCUUGUAGCGACCAAUAUGCAGGAGGCAGGCCCUUUUCCGAAGUGGAAACCAGGGCGGUCGAUGGAAUACUGAAGGAGCAUCUCAACAAAUUGGCCAUGUAUAUCACCAUGCACAGUUUUGGAAGUAUGAUUCUGUACUCCUGGGGCCAUGAUGGCACCCUCUCUGAACAUGCGUUCGACCUUCACACUGUAGGCGUUAAAAUGGCUGACGUUAUAGUCAAGUCAUCUCUUUCACACUUCCCAAGGUACAUCGUUGGUAAUUCUGCUCUCGUCCUUAAUUAUAGGGCAUCUGGUGGAUCUGAAGAUUAUGCUCAUUCUAUAGGUGUUAAAUUAGCGUAUACCUUUGAGUUACCUGGAUUCGGUCGGGGCGGCAACGGGUUCAUUUUAAAUCCAAGGUAUAUUAAACAAGUUUCCGCUGAAACUUGGGCUGGAGUGGUCAUAGGUGCGAGAGAGGCCGGUAAACUUUUCAACGCCAGAUCAACUCAGCCAAACUUCGACAAUACCCGCCAAGACUGA